AUGAGCUUCUCGGUUCACAGCUUUAAGACACAACUAGCCGUAGAUCAGCUCACUAUCUGCCUUUCAAAGCAUUUUAAUCGCCUAACACAUCCUGACCCUUUAAUUGAGCAACAAAAGACGCAACACUGGAAUGAUUUAAAGCAUCAAGCACCAGGACUGUUUAAUGCGUCAAAAUUUCGUCUGCAAACGCUCUCAGAGGAUCAAUUCUCGUCAUCAUUGCGUAUGGAAUGGGGUUUGACUGACUACGCAUCGUAUCUGGGCACAUGCUGCUCGAAAUUAUGUCCGCAGCUACUGCAAGACGAAACUACAGACGCUCAAGUGGUACUGAUUAAGCGCAGCAACAAAGUUGGUUUGUAUCAGAAUCUAUAUGAUACUCCUGGGGGACAUCCCGAACCGAUGAAUAUUGAGUUAACCGAAGAAGUUUUGCAGAAGUUGGAAGAUCAAGGGAAUAAGCUAAAAAGGAUGCAAUUUGAGGACGCAGCAAAGCAGGAAUUCUAUCAAUCCAUUGCAAAUGAAGUGUAUGAAGAGGUGAAUCUUUCUUUACAGCAGCAAGAACCGCCGAUGCUGAUGGGCGUCGUCUUGCAAACCGAUGCGUGUACACCAAGUUUUGCUUUUUACAUCAAGGCACAGUGCUCAGCAGCAGAGCUGAUAGAAAUGUAUCGGGCUGGACCUUCCGACAAGUUUGAAUCGGUAGACCUUAAACUAUUGUCUGCCGAUAGUUUGCUGGCAGAGAGAUCGACUUUAUUACAUGGAUUAGAAUUAACACCAUCGGCGGAGGGUACAUUACAGUUGUGGAAGCAGCAUACGCUGCAAUUUAAUUAG